AACUAGUCGCAUUUUAUUUACGCGCAUUUCGUGUGCAAUACCACAAUUAAUAUAAAUAUUAUAUUUAAGCACUUUUGUCGAAACGAAACUUCCACAAAAAGACGCACAAAGCGGAAAAUUCGCCUCCCUGUUGUGUUGUGUUGCUUCUUUAUACUGUUUUCGUCGCGAGUUUUCUUUGUGUUCAUCGGUGCAAAAAUCAAAAUCGAAAAAAGUUUUAUUCAUCUUCAGCUUCCCAAGGCAUAUCCAAGGAUUUAUAUACUAUAUACACGUAUAUGCGCUAGGUGUACAAACUUGGCGCCCAAAAGAAAAAUUUUUCUACGCAUAAUAGCAAAAGCAUACAUAUUUGUAACUGGACCAAUUUAUACAAAACAAACAAAUACAAAACAAACGAAACAAACAACGGACAAACAACAAUCAAGGAUCUUCUUCAACUCACCGACUUCUGUCUACAGUCUACACUUAGUCGUACUUUACAACGUCAUUCUAUUGAAUACAACGCACACAUAUCGCACACACUUGCUAAGAAGGAGUAUAAAGGAGGAAGGAGAAGAAUUGAGCUUGGCUCGAUUAUAACCCCAUCCAUAUAACCCCAUCACCCCCGGAGGAGGAACCCCCCCAAACGGCCAUCAAGACGGCGCCGCUAAAGCCACAAGCGUAUAAAUUUGGUCAGAUGUUAUGUUGUGGCUUCUGUUGUGGCAACAUGUCGAAACGGGACUACAAAGUGGCCACCACAGAUGGCAUCGAGCUGGAGCCGCUUGGCGGCGAAAAGACCGAUAAGGAGAAGGACAAGGAGAAGCAAACGAAUGGCGUCACCUUUGGUGGCGAAUCGAGCGGCGGACGUCAGACGCGCAACGGAGUCGCUGUCUGCUCGCAGAGACGCGCUCUCCUCGUUGCCGGCAUCGUGCUCGGCUCCCUUUUGCUGACGGCGAUUAUCAUUGCCUACGCUGGACCACAAAAUGACUGUUCCUGUGCGGGCAAAACGACGUCUGGCUAUGAAACGGAUGAAGAGAACAACACACAACCAUUCAAUCCGAUUGCAACGAAUGGAGAGCCAUUCCCCUGGCUGGACAAGAUGCUGCCGACAAGUGCACGACCCAUGCGCUAUAUGGUAACGAUACAUCCCAAUCUCACCACACUCGAUGUCAAAGGUCAAGUAACCAUCGAUCUGUUCAUUGAGAAGGAGACCAAUUUUAUUGUGCUGCACAUUCAGGACCUCAACGUAACGGAGAAGGCCCUCGUAACUCCGGGUCCCAAGGGAUAUGCGCUGAAGAUUGUCAAGGUAUUGGAGUUUCCGCCACGCCAGCAAUUGUACAUUGAGGUGAAGGAGAAGCUAAAGAAAAAAUCCAAUUAUACGUUGAAUUUGCGUUGGUAUUCCAAAUUGAAUCCAGAGCCCGAGGGCUUCUAUGUGGAUCAGUAUGAGAGCUUCAAUGGACGGGAACGCCUGCUCGCUGCCACAGUCUUCAGACCAAAUGGUGCCCGUCGCGCUUUUCCGUGCUUCGAUGAGCCGCAUGUGCGUGCUCCCUUCCGUGUCUCCGUGUUCCGUGAUCGCUUCCACAUCGGUCUUUCCAACUCCAUAGUGCACACCACAGAGGAUGUGGGCUUCUACAUGGGCACAGGGCUGCUGCGUGACGACUUCAUUGAGACACCGCCACUGCCCGCUGAUGCCAUCGCCUGGGUUGUUAGCGACUUUCAGCGGGAAUCGCUGCAACCCUCCGCUGCCUAUAUACCCACCACAGUGGCCCCGGCCACCGCUGGCAGUGGCAAGAAGCCAUCGCAGCUGAACAACUACACGCAGCUGAAGAGCAAGAAUCCGCCAGUGCGAAAUAUCACAGCGUUGACGCAUUCACUGAAUGUGAAUCUGACGCCGUUUCAAAGUGCCAACAGCACAACAACCACAGCGCUGCCCGUGAUCAUCAAUGGCAAUGGCAAACCAUCGAAUCUCACAUCGCUAUCACAGUCAACAGGCUCCUCGAUCAAGCGAGCACCUUCUUAUACUUUCUAUGCACCGAGGGAUUUGUUGCCACGCUCCUCGUUCAUUCUUCACACAUCACGAGAUGUGCUAGAAUAUCUGCAGACGUGGCUGGACAUCAGUUACCCACUGACCAAGGUGGACUUUGUGGCGCUGCCUUCGCUGGAUCGCAAUCUAAUCUCAUCGUUGGGUCUGGUUACACUCAAGACUUCCUUUUUAACGGAUCCGCAUUCGAUUACAUCGGAGCAAUAUCAAUUCAGUGCGCUGCGCAUUGCCGAGGCGAUGGUGCGACAAUUCUUUGGCGGCAUCACCUCACGCAAAGUCCUCAAAGAUGUCUGGCUGUGGGAGGGACUCAUUCAAUACCUUGGAAUUCAUGCUUUGGCUCCGCUUCAAGAAACGUGGCCACUGCGUGAAAUGUAUCUACUAAAGAUGGCAACAGCUGCACUGGAUAUUGAUGCCAUCCAAGGUUGGGAUAGCAUUAUGAAUGGCACGAGUCACGAUGGCAACAACGAGGAGUUCUUUGUGCAGAAAACCGCUGCCAUCUUUUCCAUGCUGCACACAGCCAUUGGCGAGGAUCGUUUCCGUGGCUGCCUGGGCACUUUUCUCAAACUGAAUCGCUUCAAGACCGCUGAACCUACAGAUUUGUGGACCAUUUGCACUAAGAAAGCGAACGGUUCGAAGAACAUCAAGGACAUGAUGACACUGUGGACACAUCAACCUGGUUUCCCUUUGUUGACCGUCACCAAAAUGGGCAACAGCAUUUCCAUUUCCCAGCGACCAUUUAAACCCGCCGAUUUUUUGGCAAUUCACGAUGACUCCUACGAUGGCAACAACUACAACAAGACGACGGUGAAUGCCACUGAGAUGCCCAGCACAGUGGCACCUACAACGCAAGCUAGCAAACACAAGGCAGCGCCUAGUAUGAAGUGGAUCUUGCCUGUCACCUAUGUGACGGACAUCAACAACGUCAGCGAAACGCUUUGGAUGCAGAAUAUCGAUGUGACUUUCAAUGUGCCGGAGAAUGUGAAAUGGAUCAAGGUGAAUGCCAUACAGAAUGGUUACUAUCGCGUUGUCUACAACGAUGACAACUGGGCGAGUCUCAUCGAGGAGCUCUCCAACAAUCCCAAGCGUUUCACCAGUGAGGAUCGUCUAGGCAUGCUGUCGGAUGCAUUUACGCUGUGCCAUGCGAAUCUAUUGCCCUGUGAAAUCACCAUGAACAUGAUUCAAUAUCUGCCAAGUGAAACGCAUUACGGACCCAUGGCUUUGGCUGUGAGACAUUUGGAAAAGUGGCGUCGCAUACUCAAGUAUUCCGAAUGCUUUCUCAUGCUCAGUGAGUUUAUCAAAAUGAAAAUAUCCACGGUAAUGGAGAAGGUGGGCUGGAUCGAUGAAGGCGAUGUGGCAACCAGACUCAUGCGUCCGGAAGUGCUGCUGGCUUCGGUGCUGUGGGAGGAUAUUGAUAGCAUUACGAAGGCAAAGAAUAUGCUAAAUCAAUAUUUAUACUACAAUGGCUCCGCCAUUUCACCCAAUCUGCGAGAGGUGGUCUACACGGGUUCAAUUCUCUCUGGCGAAUACAUAUAUUGGCAACAUUGCUGGGAGCGCUUUGUGACGCUGCAACGCACCUCGGAAACGUUUGUGGAACGCAUGCAGCUGCUGCGUGCCUUGGGCAGAACCAAGGAUGCUUGGCUGCAGAAUCGUUUGCUCUCGCAUGUCACCAUGCUGCCCACCGAGGAGGUGGUCCAGGUGCUCAAGGCCAUUGCGGGCACACCGACGGGAGGUGCGAUGGCUUGUCGCUUCCUCCAGGCCAAAUGGUUUGAGCUGGAGAAGCGUCUGGGACCGGGCACAAUUAGCUUUGCCAAAGUGAUAUCGGCCAUAACACAAUAUGGCGCCACAAAGUUCGAUUACGAUGAACUGAAAUCCUUGGUGCAUCGCUUCGGACGUGGCCAGGGAAUGUCCGUGUUGAAUAUGACGCUGAGCAGCGUUGCCUCGAAUGUGGAAUGGGUCGCCAGAUCUCAGACAGCGCUUUAUAAAUGGGUGGAAAGUAAUUUGCAUUCGCAUCGAUAGAGGACUUUUAAUUGAAUUUUGCAAAUUGUCAUCGAGCAUUAUUAUGAUUAUUAGUUAAAAUUCUUUGGUUGGAAAUGAUCUCUUAAAUCAUUUGUAAUUAUGUUCCUUGCACUCACACACACUCACACAUACAUACAUACUAAUUUUCGGGAGCUAAUCAUAGUAAUAAUAAUAUUUACCAUAUCAUUGCCAUAUAUAUAUUAAUAUAUAAAUAUUAAACAAAAAAAUUGUAUAUCGACAGGGUCUCGAGAUCUCUCCAUUAGUUUAUCAUUAAGUUAUCCAGCUCCUUUUUGCCCCCCUUUCUCUUCCCGCCCCUUAGGCCCAUGAGUUAACACCAAACAAAAAAAAAAUGAUAAAAAAGACAAGCAAAAAAUUCAAUCUGUAAACUGUAAAUUAGAAUGAUAAACAAAAGAACAAAAAAAAAUACCAUAUAUCUAUAGUUAUAGUAUAUGGAGUAUAAUGCAUACUGAUGCCAUUUUCUAUUAUCUACAACUGAACAUAAAGAUAUAUCUAUAUAUUGUAAAUGUAUAUGUAUGUGUAAAUUUUACAAAUAACAAGAAAAACCAAAAAACCAAAAACAAAACAAAAGCUAAGUAAUAUUUAAGCGAAAACAGAUCGAACAUAUUUUUUCAGCAAAAACACACAACUAUGAAUCCAUUAACAUUAUGAUAAAAAAAAAACAAAAAAACAACAAAAAGAAACAUGAAUAUAAAAAAUAUAA